CUUCCUGGCAAGUACGACUACCGCGCCGUGUCUCCACACUGGUCUGUAACUCUGGCGAACAUUUCGCCGCGAUCAGUUGCAUUUGCUAGCCAGUAGCUACCAAGCAGGAGGUGUACAUCUCAUUUGUGCUGUAUCAUCAUCCAAUACCAAUUUUGGUUGGAUCAUUUUGACGUACCAACGUCAAGUGAUCCUACCUUUUACUCCUUUGAUCGAUUACCUUUCUAUUAUUCCUAGUUGACAUUAUCCUGAUAAUCUAUCCACCUGUUAGUAGAUUAUCGUCAAUGAAAUAUCGUGAAUGAAAACAAGAAGAUAGUUAGGCAAGAUGGAAAACGCGGAAGAUGUGAAGACAACCGUGGAACUAUAUAUCUAUGACCUUACAAAGGGCAUCGCCUCUAUGAUGUCUAGACUCGUCAUCGGUCAACAUGUAGAGGGUAUAUGGCACACGGCGAUCGUUGCUUACGGAAGAGAAUACUUCUUCGGCCCAUCUGGAAUUCAAACUGCUCGGCCCGGUGGCACAGUGUUAGGGGAGCCGCAAAAAGUGGAAAGAAUCGGCGAAACAUAUCUGCCAUAUUCUGUCUUCUUCGAAUACAUAAACGGCUUGGGAGUGUCUACGUUCGCCCCGGGUACUUACAACCUCUUCAAACAUAACUGCAACAGCUUCACAAACGAAGUCAGUAAUUUUCUAGUGGGUCAAGAUAUUCCCAAGUACAUCCUAGAUCUACCGGAGGAAAUACUACAAACACCGAUUGGACAACAGAUUGGAGGACUCAUAGAAGGUUUGUGCAGUAGCGCGAGUAGAGCAUUUAUAGUUGAUCCAACAUUCCUUGAACCAAGAAAUCAUAGAGAGGUUUCGCCGGAAUUUCAACUUUUAAAUGAGGCUAUCGAAGAAGCAAGAUUAAAUUCAAUCGCGCUAGAAGAAAGGAGAAACGAGAUCAACGAGAAACUCGCGAAGAAAGAUAGAAAGAAAAAAAAGAAGAAGAAGGAGAAGAAGCAAAAAGGAAGCAAGGAUAGCGGUGCGAGCGAUAGCAAUAGUACCGGACCCAGUAAUUGUACACACAUGGCGGAAAGUGAAAGUGCUAUAAGUCUGAGCGAAAUGCAAGCUUCGAACGGCGAGAGCACGGAGGUGCUACCAUCGGAACGAGUGAUGCAGAUGGAGGAAGAAGAGAAAAAGGAACUGGAAGAAAGGAAACGUCAUCGAGAUCCUCCCAUCGUGUUUAAGGACUCAGUGGACAUCAAAGAAGAGUACCAGACGUUAGUGAAGUUGCUGGACGGGAAAUUGAACGAAGAGGAUCGCGUGUGCAUGGAUGAGCUUCGACAAUACGUCUUGGAGAACGAGGGUUCUUGGGCACUCGGAGACAACUUUUUAAAUUUCGUAGGACGAAUACUGUAUGAUAAAGCUCUGGCAAGUGACGCAAGGGUGAAAUUAUUGAACAUACUCUCGGUUGCUGCGUUAAAGGACGACGUAAUCUUACUAUUGCAUCAGGACAGAAGGGAACAUAUAAUUAUGAAUUACGCUUUUGAUAUCGAUCGUCAUCCUGCUGAAGAACAACUUCCUCUUGCACAAUUUUUGGCAAACAUGUUCGAAAACCUUAGUAGUUCAGAAUGGUUGUUGUAUAUAUCGGAAUGGCAACAUCAAACUCAAAAUAUCAGUAACAUAAGGGUAACGACGAAAGUUGCAGUGCAUUCGUUGCUUUCCAAUUCGGUUGACUUGCAAAUUCGUGGUGCCGCUAUUAUUCACAAUCUUGCCUGCAAGGAGAAAAUGAACAAAAGCAAAAAUCUGCGGCGACUUUUACCAAAAGGCAGCAUUUCUAAGGUGUUCGAUGACGUCGCUGUAGAAUUGACAAUGGCACUGUUACAAUAUUUCAAUGGCAGCCCUGCUGAGGAACAGUUGUACGCGUGCAUGAAGUCAUUGGCACGUUUCACGCAGAUCAGCGGCCAAGAUGUACCGCAACUUAUACAAAUGAUUGGGCCGGAACCAAACAAGUUUCGCGGAACGUCGGAGAGGAUCGACGAACAAAUCGAUCAGGUUAAUAAGAAGUUGCGUUAACGUGACUCGCAAUUCGACUCGCAUUAAUAAGAAAUAUUGUUAAAUUCCAAAAUACGAUGCUAUCGGUAAACAGAUUAAUUGUGUUAUAAUUGAAUUUUUACAUAGAGAUUUUACUGAAAUUAUCUGAAUAUAGCAUAUUAUUAUAAUUAUUAUUAGUAAUUGUUGUCAUUUAAUAAUAUUAUUAUUACUAUUAUUAUAAUUAUACUACCAUUAUCGAAAA